AUGGACAGCGAAAAAUUCGAGAUGACAGUGCAGGUUGCCGAUGCCGCGCCUCCACGAGAUCUGCGCGGCCCAGUGGAGUCUGUCGAAAAGCAGACUCGUACGCGACGUCUGUUUACUCCGGCACAGCUCUUCAGCUUCUCGUUCAUGUAUUUCGUGACAUGGCAAGCCAUGGGAACAAACAUGUACUUCGCCCUCGUCAAUGGCGGGCCGGCUGCAUACUUGUUCAACUUCAUCUUGAUCGCGAUCGGAGUCCUCGCACAGGCCGCCUGUCUUGCCGAAUGCGCCUCGAUCCUGCCAAUGGCAGGCGCGCAAUACUACUGGACCUUCUACUUUGCGACUCCAAAGUACAAGCUGUUCCUUACGUGGAUGCAGGGCUGGGCGACUUGGAUGGGCUACGUCUCGUGCCUGGCAUCCUCCCUCAAUAAUUCUGCCGUCGUCCUCAAGGCCACUAUCCAGAUCCAUUACCCGGACUAUGAGAACGGCGGCUGGCAUACGACGCUCAUGGUGAUGGCAGCGCUGCUUUUCCUCACCACGGUCAACGUGUGGUUCUUUCGUGCGGUGCCCUGGUUCGAGCUCGCUGCCGGCCUUCUCAACAUCUGCUUCUUCUUCAUCACCGUUGUCGUGCUGUGGAUAAUGUCCCCACGAAACGACCCUAGCUUUAUGCUCAUAACGUCGAAUGUCGCGGGCUGGGACAAUUUCAUCUCCUGGAACGUUGGGAUGCUCACUCAAGUAUGGAUGUUCAUUGGAUUCGAAAGUGUGACGCACAUGGGUGAAGAAGCCAAAGAUGCAACGCGUUCUGCUCCACGGGCCAUGUUCUGGUCCAUUGUGGCCAAUCAGGUCUUAGGCCUUUUCAUGGUCAUUACCUACAUCAUCACCAUGCCGCCACUGGAGGACAUGUUGAAUGCAUCCAAUCCUUUCGUGUAUCUUGUGGUCACUUCCACUGGAUCCCCAGCGGUGGCCACCGUUAUCGCCGCGGGCGUCGUGAUAACGGGCUUCUUCUGCGCCAUGUCAGUGUUCUCCUCCACAACGCGCAUUACUUGGGCCUGGGCCAGAGACGGUGGCUUGCCAAGCCUCUUCGGCCACGUCGACAGCAAGACCCGCGUGCCCCAGCGCGCUGUUCUCCUGACCUGCACAAUCGUCACGCUGCUCUCGCUACUCAACAUCGGGGCAGACACUUACGUCGCGCUGGGCGCCGUGACUUCUCUCUCCUCCCUCGCGAUAUACUUCAGCUACGCCGUUGUCCUCUCCGUCAUUCUGCACGCGCGGCUCACCAUGGGCAUGCCGGUGUCCGCGUGGAGUACAGGCAGGCUCGGCACUCCCCUGAACGUCUUUGCGCUCGUGUACACGCUGUACGUGAUGGUAUGGCUGCCCUUUCCGACCGCGGUGCCGGUCACGGCGGUGUCGAUGAACUAUUGCGGGCCGAUCUUCUUGACUGUCAUCUUGGGUGCUGUGGGCGCGUGGGUUGUGUGGGCGGGGAGGCACUGGGCUGGGCCAAAUCAGAGUGUUGCCAAGGUCGUCUUGGAGAGGGCGCGCGAAAGCUGAAGAGCAUGAGCCCGGGUAAGAGCCGUUGAGCCUGUAGGCUGGUUAUGGGAGGCAGCCGGUGAUGGUCAGUAGGUUGCAAGGUUAACGUGCCACGACUCUGUUGGUAUGGUAAUAAUGACCAGGGAGCCGACUUGGCGAUGGUAGGGCAGAUCCAGCGAUCCGUAGUUCCCACACGUGCUAGAUUAUUCAGAGUCUUACGCAUGUAAGUGUCGAUUUGGGGAUCUCUGUUGUGCUGAGUGAGCGCCAGGUAGCCGCGUCAGCAGUGGUAAAGAUCCCGAGUGGCUUGAGUCUGACGGCUACCUCGAUACAGCAUGUUUGGUUGUCUUGAGGGAUGAGUAACGUGGUUUGUCGUAUAAGCCACAAGGCGAGCUGAUGGCAUUUUGACACAGAAGUCGG